AUGGCUAUCCAAGUGCAACUCUUUGGUAUUUGGUGGAUUUCGAAGAAAGACGAACUGACGCUGAAGAAAUACUUCGUGUAUCUACCGCCAUCCUUUGACAUAACGUGUCGAAAGGAACGGAACCCCUGUCCAAGAGGAUCAACCAGCCAGCACUCCCCGGGCCAUGAACGGCGUGUUUACUGCAUGUUGACCCUAACGGCUGAAUAUAACAAGAACCCGGCGCCAACGUGCUGUGAAUUUGUCACUCAGUGCACUCUCAUGCUAAGGGCGAGCAAGCACUCCUAUGAUCACUCCUCUAUUCCUCCCCAUGACGCCUAUGAAAUUUGGAAUUGGCACGAGGUACACAAUAGAGGACCAGCGAAACUAGGACGAGAGGACAUUCAUUCCGCUGAAAGACUAAAUUGCAAAAGGGGUAUCAAAAACACUGUAUGCUGUAAGAAGAUGGAUACUCAUAUUAGCCUGAUCUCCGUCUUCUUUCUAGCAGUAUUAGUUGAGUGGCAUCCAACUCUCUUUCUUGCCUCAUAUCUUUACUCAGUUGGUAUAAACCGAAGAGCCUGCUCAAUCUAUUCAUUCCGCUCAAACGGGCUCUUCAUCGUGCCCUUACAGGCCUGGGUUCUCUCCCGCGAACUCUCGGAAGACUUACCAACCCCAUUAUUACCAUUUCAACGACCGCCGAAGCUACUCUUCUCCUGCAAUCUUCACUCGGUGAAUUCCUUCUACGAAUUUUGCGGGCACCUCAAGCACCACUCACGAACUCUUGCCAUGCCUAGAUUGGGCAAAACGAUAAGAUACCCGCGAUACCUCCGACGGUAA